AUGACUAUAUCUCAAUUAUUAAAGCAAAGAGUAAGGUACAGUCCUUAUUUGUCUAAGGUGCGCCCAGUGGAGGAUGUAGUGCCUCUAUUUAAACAUGGGCAGUACUUAGGUUGGUCCGGUUUCACUGGUGUUGGAGCACCAAAGGUCGUUCCAACAGCAUUGGCGAACAAGGUUGAAAGGGAAGGUUUACAAGGUAAGCUGGCUUUCAAUUUGUUCGUCGGAGCGUCUGCUGGUCCUGAGGAAGACAGGUGGGCUGACUUGGAUAUGAUUUUACGCCGUGGUCCUCACCAGGUUGGUAAAUCCAUAUCUCGUGCAAUUAAUGAAGGUAGGAUUAAAUUCUUCGACAAGCAUUUGUCAAUGUUUCCACAGGAUUUAACGUACGGUUAUUAUACCAGGGAGCGGACUGACGGUAAGAUCCUCGAUUUCACGAUUAUAGAGGCUACUGCCAUUAAGGAGGAUGGAUCUAUUGUUCCGGGUCCGUCGGUCGGGGGAUCUCCGGAAUUUGUUGCUGCGGCUGAUAAAGUUAUUAUCGAGGUGAACACUGCAACGCCAUCAUUUGAGGGGUUGCACGACAUUGAUUUGCCUAGCUACCCCCCAUUCCGUGAGCCCUACCCAUACACCAAGGUUGACCAACGCAUUGGCCGGAAUUCUAUCCCUGUGGACCCUGAUAGAGUUAUAGCUCUAGUUGAGUCAACACAGCGUGAUCGUGUUGGCCCCAACACACCAUCUAAUGAAAUGUCCAGAAACAUCGCUGGGCACCUUGUAAGCUUCUUUGAACACGAGGUUGCUCAUGGCAGACUUCCACAAAACCUACUUCCUUUGCAGAGUGGUAUCGGAAACAUUGCCAAUUCUGUGAUUGAGGGCCUUGCCGGCUCCUCCUUCAAGAACCUUACAGUAUGGACUGAAGUUCUCCAAGACUCGUUCCUCGACCUGUUUCAGAACGGCUCCCUGGAAUUUGCCACCGCGACCAGUAUCCGUUUAACUGAGGCCGGAUUUGACAAGUUCUUCAACAAUUGGGACGAAUUUUCGCGCAAGUUGUGUAUCCGUUCCCAAGUUGUAUCCAACAGUCCUGAACUCAUCCGUCGUUUAGGUGUGAUUGCUAUGAACACCCCUGUAGAGGUUGAUAUUUAUGCUCAUGCAAAUUCUACAAACGUCUCUGGAUCUCGUAUGUUAAACGGUCUAGGUGGUUCUGCUGACUUCUUAAGAAAUGCCAAACUCUCCAUUAUGCAUGCUCCAUCGGCUAGACCUUCCAAGACAGACCCAACCGGUAUUUCUUCCAUUGUGCCUAUGGUCCCUCAUGUAGAUCAGACAGAGCAUGAUCUGGAUAUCCUUGUAACUGAUCAGGGUCUCGCAGAUCUACGUGGUCUCUCCCCUCGUGAACGAGCUCGCGAGAUCAUUAAUAACUGUGCGCAUCCAGACUACAAGCCAAUUCUUCACGACUAUCUAGAUCGCGCAGAACAUUACACCAAAAAGGCUCGUAGUAUGCACGAACCACAUAUCCUCCAACAAGCUCUCAAGUUCCACAUAAACCUUGCAGAGAAAGGAACUAUGAAGGUCUCUUCGUGGGAUGAUUAA